AUGCUUUUAUUUCGGCUGCUUAGAUUGUAUUUGGUUUUAAGAUGGGAGUAACUGGACUGUGGUCAAUCCUCAGUGAGCUUUGCGAUAGAGAACCACUUCUGUAUUUAUCAGGAAAGAGAGUUGCUGUUGAUUUAAGUGGCUGGGUUGUCCAAGCAACUCAGUGUAAACCUUUGAGUACUUCAAAAAAUCCACAUUUAAGAAAUCUUUUCUUUCGAGUGUCCUGCUUAUUGCAAAAUGGUGUUCGUCCUAUAUUUGUGCUUGAAGGAAAACCUCCUGCUUUGAAAGAAGUUGCUUUCAAGAAAAGAAAUCAUGCAGAAAAUCAGGAAACCAAAAAUAACCUAUCUAGAUCAAACUUUGACAGAAUACUGAAACAGUGUCAAGACUUGCUUGAUUGCUUGGGAGUCCCUUGUAUUAAAAGUUCAGGAGAAGCAGAAGCUUUGUGUGCAUUUUUAUGCUUGAAUGGUAUUGUCGAUGGUGUAAUAACUGAAGAUAAUGAUGCAUUUUUAUAUGGAGCUGAUGUUGUUUUUCGAGACUUUUCUAUUGAUCCAAAAGACGCCCAUGUGAAUGUAUACAAUUUGAAAUCAUGUAAAAACAAAUGGCAACUAAAUCGAAGAAAACUGGUUGCCUUGGCAUUACUUUUAGGCUGUGAUUAUUCAAAAGGUGUUCCUGGAGUAGGAAAAGAAGCAGCUCUGAAACUUCUUUCUGAAUUAAACGAUGCAGAUCUCUUGCAAAGAUUUCAAGAAUGGAAGACAUUAGAUGAAUCAAAACUCUUCCCAGGUUAUCUUGGGAAAAAGGUGAAAAAGCUAAAUCACUGUAACCGCUGUGAUCAUCUUGGAUCAGCAUCUGCACACAAAAAGGCUGGAUGUGCAUUAUGCAAUAGCACAAUAACUUGCUACUUAAAUUCUGAAGUAACUUGUCCUUGUCCUUGGCACAUCAGUAAUGAAACAAGUGUGAAACAAAAAGCAGAAUUGAAAAUUUAUGAUGCUGCAAAAGAAAUCAGUGAUUUUCCAAAUUCUGAAGUAAUUGAUGAAUAUCUUUAUUAUUCUGAUCAAAUUCCAGAUUCAGAAGCAUUGGUUUGGAAAUGUCCCAAUUUGCAAAGCUUUCAGGAAAAAGCCUUCAAUUAUUUAGGGUGGACUAAUGAAAAUAGUUUGAAUAAAUGUUUACCUUUAAUCACGUCCUGGCAGCUGUACAGUUUGUGCAACAAAAUAGUAAGCCACCAGAUGAUCUUCGAACCUAUUAAAAUUGUUAAAGAAAGAGUUGUGAAGGGUGAAGACUACUUGGAAAUUUUGUGGGAGUUAAAAGAUAUUGAAAGUAAUACUGAUCUUCCAUCUGAAAAUUUGUGUACUGUGGAACAUUUGAAACUAUUUUCUGAAGCUUAUCCAGAUGUUACAAAAGCCUUUUUUGAUGCUAAAAUUAAGGAAAAAGAGGCUAAAAUGAAACCUAAAGCAGAGCGCCAACAGAGGAGAAAACGGACAAUGAAAGAAGAAAAAGAUACUAGAAAGAUGACAGAUUAUUUUACCCCAGUGCAUCAGAGCUUCAUUCAAGAAAAGGCAUCAUCCAGUAUGUCACCAUCAAAUUCAAAAUUAUUGACUGAAUAUUACGAGUGCAAUCAUUUGUGCCAUGAAAAAAAAUUCUGUGUGGAGGCUCUACAAACUUGAAUAUUUUGUUGCACCCAAAAUUUACUUUUUAUACAUUGAUCUUUUUUUUUUUUUUACAUUUGUUGAUCAAAAACAUUUUAAUUUUUUUUAUAAUCAUACUAUUUUAUUUCCAUAUUCUAGAAACAUACAACUAUGUAUCAUUAAUUAAUCUUUCUAUGGUAAAAUUUUUAUUCUGAUGAUUUUAAUUACUUAAAACUCUUUUGAGAUCUUUUUAAAAAUAGUUUCAUUAUACUAUGAUCGAUUAUCAUCAACAUGUUGCAAUCAAUUGUUUUAAUUUUAGUAAUAUAUUUUUUAAUUUAAUG